AUGGCUCUGAAAGUUGGAUUUAUCCCAGAACAUUUCGCUACUCCAUUGUGCUUUGCAAAGACAGUGGGAUUCUUCGAAGACCAGGGCGUGGAAGCGGAGCUGAUCCCAUACCCAAGCGGGUCCGGCCACCUGAUCCAGUCGCUGAACGCAGGCGAGCUGGACAUCGCAAUUGGACUCACUGAGGCGUUUGUGCGCGGCAUUGCCGACACCGAGCCCGGCCAGAAGCCCCAGUACCAGAUCGCGGGCACAUACGUGAAAUCGCCGCUCGAGUGGUGCGUGUCCACAGGCGCCAACCGCGACGACCUGCAGGACCUCAAGGCAUUGGAUGGCCGCCGGAUCGGUGUGUCCAGAAUCGGGAGCGGAUCGCACGUCAUGAGCUACGUGAUGGCGCUGCAGCUGGACUUCACCAAGCCCUUCGCAGACUUCCCCGUGCUGGACAACUUCGACAACCUGCGCGCGGCCGUCAACUCGGGCGACGCGGACGCGUUCAUGUGGGAGUACUACACAUCGAAGAAGUACCUGGACUCCGGCGAGAUCAAGAUGCUGGGUCACGUGGAGUCGCCUUGGCCCUCCUGGGUCGUGGUGAAGCGCGUGGACCUGGACCUGGGCGUUUUUGGCAGGUUUGUGUUCGCUAUCAACAGCGGUAUCGACUACUUCAACAAGAACCCUGACGAGGCUGUGCGCUUCAUCACUGAGAACUUCGGGUACUCGGAGGAGGACGCGGCGUCGUGGUUCAAAACCGUCAAGUUCCACGACAACUGCGGCGACAUCAACGACCUGCACGGCGUUGUGACGGGCACACUGCACAUCCUGGGCACCGCUGGCGUUCUGCAGAAUAAGGACGAGGUCGUGAUCGAGGAGAACCUGCGCGUGGGCACCCUGACCGGCUAG